AUGAAAUACCCAAAGAAUAACAAUAAAUAGCCACCUAGAGAACUUAAAGAACCAUCAUACCUUCAAUGUAUGAAACUGAGUUAAUAUUAAAUAGAAAAUCAAUCUCAAAUAAAAAUAGUUAAGAAAAGAUCAGAGUUUACGAUGUUUUCAAGUAGAUUCCCAGAAACAAAAGCCAAUCUUAUCACAUUAACAAAAUGGAUGAAUCAAGAGACAUCUUAAGUAAACUUAAUGAGUAGAAAAAAAUCAAUGUUGAUUGUUAAAAAACAUCUAGAUUCUUAGAAUCAGUCUUAACAACUCAUAGGAUUGAACCUCCUUCUUCAAACAAAAUAAGAUCAUACAAUGAAUGACAAUUCAAUAUCCUACAUAAAGCUCCCCUUUGAAACGUAAAGAAAAAUAUCAAAAAACUAAGACUAAUUUAAAAUUAUAAAGAGAUGA